GCACAUUCUCAUCGAUGAUCAUCAUUGGAAAUAUUUUGUCAAUGCAAAUAUAAAUCAUCGAAAAGCAAAUAGGCUUGGCUUGCCAACGUUAACAUUCUUUUUUGUUCAUGAUUAAUGUCCGUUAUCAUCAUAAAACGUUGGCUAAGUUAUAGUCGAAAUUGUAUUGUAAAUUUGUACCUAGAACGAUCGCAACAACCCAACUACUGCCUUGUAUUAUUAUCAAAAAUCCACGGAUUCUCAUUGACAUAUAGAUUUUUUAAUAAUUGUAAAAUGUAUGAUUGGAACAAUUUACCACGACCAAAUGUGAUAUUCGUACUUGGUGGUCCAGGUGCCGGUAAAGGUACCCAAUGCAGUUUGAUUAGUAAGAAAUUUGGCCAUGUGCAUUUAUCAGCCGGUGAUCUACUUCGUAAGGAACAAAAUACAGCAGGUUCGCAAUAUGGUGAAUUAAUAGCUGAACAUAUUAAAAAUGGAACAAUUGUACCGGUGGAAAUUACAUGUAAACUGUUGAUGAAUGCAAUGUUGGAAAAUAUGAUUUCACUGGCUAAAGUGGUCAAUGGCACUGAUAAGCCAAUAGCUGUUGGAAAUUUCCUUAUCGAUGGAUUUCCACGUAAUCAAGAUAAUUUGGAUGGUUGGCAAAAAUUUGUUGGUGAUAAAGUUAAAGUUGAAUUAGUUUUAGUGUUUGAAUGUCCGGAGGAAGUGUAUAUUGCACGUUGUUUAAAACGUGGACAACAUUCCGGACGUGCUGAUGAUAAUCCGGAAUCAAUGAAAAAACGAUUGGAUACACAUCUAAAUCAAACAAUGCCUAUCGUUAAAUAUUAUGAAAAACUCAAUUUAGUCAAACGAAUUGAUUCAAGCCGUAGUAUCAAAGAAGUACACGAAGAAUGUUGCAAAAUUUUACAAUCAUUAAUGGGUAAAAAAAAUUGAACUGAGCCAAUCGAUAAAUUCGUUCGUUUAUUUUUCUAUUUCUAUUUGAACAGAAAAGAAUUCAUCAUUAAACUUUCAACUUUUCGAAAA